AAGUAGGAACUAUCUUAACUGAAAGUGUUUCAUUUUACAAAUAAGAACGAUGUUAUAAUUGCCAUCAGGCAACCAUCAGCCAGACAGACUCCCACUGGAGGACACUUCAUCUACAGCCAGAACCCCUCCUUCUGUUGCCAAGAUGUCGGUCAACGAAUCGUGGUAACAUUUUCGCACCACAAACUGGUCAGCAAAUAAUUAUCGAGCGCCCAAAAGCAGACUACACAAAAUGGCUAACCACACAAGAGUAACCACAACGACAAGGAGUAGGCCAUGGCUAAGUGGAGCCAUCCCUGUGCUGCUCCUCCACCUACUGAUUCUUGUGAUCCUGCCUCUGGAAUCCUCCGCCUUCUGCCCCUCGAAAUGCCAGUGCUCGGGUGGCGAGGCCAACAGUCGAGCAUUGUGCGUGGACGCCGCUCUGGAGGAUGUGCCUAUCCAACUAAAUCCGGAAACGAAAUACAUCAACCUCACGGUGAAUAGGAUACGUAACUUGGAGUUCUCGCUGCCCUUCUACAUGAAGCUGGAGAUCCUGGAUCUCUCACAGAAUAUCAUUGAAACCCUGGGCUCCAAGAACUUUGAGUACCAAUCUGAGCUGAGAACUUUGAACUUAAGCCGAAAUCUGGUCAGUUCCCUGCACAAACAUGCCUUCAAAGGUCUGACCAAUCUGCUGCUCCUGGAUCUCAGUUUCAAUCGCAUUGAGACAGUGCAUCCCACCGCUCUCAGUGAUCUGGCCUCCCUGGUGGAGCUCGAUCUAACGAAUAACAAUAUUGUCAGCUUGGAGGAUAACUCCUUCAAGGGCAUGAACACCCUGGAGGUUCUCGUGUUCCGGAAUAAUCGAUUGCUCGACGUUCCAGCCAGUAAUCUAUGGCAUCUACAUGCCCUCAAGAGCCUGGAUAUGUCCUUGAAUCUGGUCGAGUUUGUCCGAAAUGACAGCUUCGAGGGCUUAAAGGAGCUCUUGGCCCUCAGCUUGCAGGGCAAUGUGAUGAGCGAGCUGGAUCUGAGUGCCUUCGAGGGACUUAUCUCCUUAAAACAUCUCGAUCUCUCCGAUAACAAUCUCACGAUGGUGCCUACACAGCAGCUCUCGAAACUUUCGAACCUCACCUAUUUGAACCUGGGUGGCAAUCGGUUUUCCCAGCUGCCCGCCGUCGCCUUCCUCAACUUGUUCCAUUUACGCGAAUUGCAUUUGAGCCGGCUGGACUAUUUGCAGCGCAUCGAUUCAAGAGCCUUUGUGGACAACACCCACCUGCAGACGCUGCACCUGAACAACAAUCCCCAGCUGAGCGACAUACCGAUGCGCCUGUUCCAGGGUAAUCCCAACAUCCUGGAGGUCUACAUGCAGAGCAACAGCCUGCAGACCUUGUACUCGGCUCAGUUCCCGGUGGAUCAGCUGCAGAAGCUCUAUCUGGGUGAUAACCCACUCCAGUGCAACUGCUCCCUGCUGUGGCUCUGGCGAUUGGUAACCGGAAAUUUCGAGGGAGUAGAUCCGGGAAUGGAGCAUGCAGCUGGAGGCGCAGUGGCUGCUCUGGCCAAAGAAGCUGAUGACGAGGAGCUGGCAGAUGAUGCCACCGCAGUGGCCUCCACAGAUGAUGGAGUGGCCGCCUUGGCUGCCUAUAUAGCCGAGCAGCACAUAGUAAAUGCCCUGCAUACCACCGAACCCAGUGCCUACGAGCUGGCCACCUCGUCGUCAAACAGGAAUUCGGGUAUCCUGCGAAUGGAUCGCCAGCAGAUUGGCUGCGACAUCUGGCGGGACAAGGUGCGAUCGAGACGGCAACUGCUGGCGAUGAGCGAAGGCGAGAUCACCUGCCCUGCCCACAUCGUGACCGUGGUCUGUGCGGUCAUCACAUGUCUCCUGGUGGCCAUGAUCGGUGUCAGCGUGCUCUACUAUCUGAGGUUCGUCAAGCGACGGAGGAAGCUGCUCCACGAACGUGGUCCCUUGAGGACCAGCAAGAGCAUCAUCAAUGUUCAUGAUCGCAUCCUGCAGGGUCACAACCCAGGAAGUUUAGGCAUGGGCAUGGGCAUGAGUAUGACCCUGGGCGGCGGCAAUCAUGUCAACGGCCUGGGCAUGACCCUGAACUAUCCGCAUCAUGCUCAAACCCUGCAGGCCCAUCAUCAUUACCACCAGGCCAUGCCACUGCAGUCCCACGUGGGCAACGGCGGUCAUGAGUACCAGCAGACGACUCUGCCCCAACUGGAUAAACUCGAACUGGAGCGAUAUCUGGCGGCCCAGACGAUUGCCAAUGAAUACCGGGCCCUCAAGCCCUGGGAACUGCCCGUCAAGGAGGCGGACGAUGAACCGGAACACCUGUACGAGCGGUUCGAUCACUACGAAUAUCCGGAUGCCCAUACCAUGAGCAAGCAGAAGCAGGCGGCGGCCUUGAACCACUCCACCUCCUCGGCUGGUCCCUCGCCCGUUCCUCCCUCCUCGGCCAAACCGCACGUGGUCUACGUAUGACGUGGACGUGGCAAGGGCGAACGGGCAUCCCAUACGGAUAUCGAAAUGGUCGGACUGAACCACCACCACCCACACCACCACUACAACAAUAACAACAACUAUCGGGGCUGUGUACAGAGCGCCAAGGCCAGCGGUCAGUUCUGAGUUGGAUAAUUCAAGGGGUUAACUCAAGCAAAAACAGGGAAAGUGAGAGGUUAGGUUAAGGAAGAGAUUCAAAAACGGCAAGCUUAGAGGGAAAUUUCGAUGGGGUAGUGGUAUAAACUGCGAGCUAAAGUAACUUACUUUUGAAGAGAAAAAACCCAUCUUAAUUGCCCCCUAAAAUGCCUAGCAUACUCUUUUAGGUUGGAUUACGUAUUUUUUUUCGAAUAAUACCAACAAAGUUUAACAAGCGUCAAAUGAAACAAGGGAUAUGUCUACGUGUAUAGCAAGCAUACAAAUACUCUUAAUGAACUACGGAUAACAGAUAUAUUAGAUAUGUAUACUAACUAACCGCUAAACUAAGAUACGAAUACGAUUUCAAAGAAACCUUUUGCUGGCCCCAAACUAAGCUAAGCUGCAUUCAAGUCUCACUCACUCACUCUCUUUCUCCCACUCAUAGUUAAAAUGGCAUUUAGCAUUCGAAUAAUCUAGAUAGCAUUUAGUAAGUAACUUACAAGUGAAUUUAAAUAUAUAUAUAUAUGAAUAUAUAUUAGAUAUAACGAUAAAGGAGAGUGCAAGCUAAAGGAGUUAAUGGUUUAUUUCCUGAUUUGGUUCACGAAAUUACUGGAAAUGCGUUCAGCACUUGGGCUGAUGUGGCGAAAAAGAUAGACAGACUUUGGCAGGCAAUUAACCUAAAAGGGGACCAAAUAGUCCAGUCCAGUCCAGCCUAGAACUAACUGAAUGAAUCCAACUGCCAAAGAGGUCCUUUUCACAGCCAUUGGCCCGCUGAACUGUAUUCCAAGUUUCCUAACCUUGGCUAAAAAACAUCUCGAAUGACAAUAUACAAAAACAUUAAGCGGAAAACUAACAAGAAACUAAAUUAUAACGCCUAUAUUAAAUGUAUCUUAGUGAGCCCGAACUCAAAGUUGAAGAAACGAUAAAUAUAAUUUGUAAAUAUCCCUCGAUGUACGUCUGUACUGUAAAUAAUUUAUGGAAUGCAUUUAAAAACAUUAGUCAAGUGCAUAGUUUAUUGAUUUAAGAAUAAAGAAUGAUUUCCAAAAAGCAA